GUUUGUGAAAAUGACGUCUAUACCUGAUUUAAAUUAUCAUAUUGAUGACAGUAAUAUUUAUGAAACAGCAAAAGAUAUAAUAAUGAAAGUAAAACCUAGUUGGGAGCGCAGCAAUUUAAAGUUCAAGGUCUUUGAUGAGGGUAUAACUAAUAAACUGAUAGGAGGUUUUCAAGAAUCAUCUUUUGGACAGGCUAAAGACAUUGUCCUCAUUCGAGUAUAUGGUGAAAAGACUGAUUUAAUCAUUGAUAGAAAUGCAGAGAAGAAAAAUAUGGCAGAACUGUAUGAAGCAGGUCUGUGUCCACCAUUGUAUGCCACCUUUGAGAAUGGUCUGGCAUAUGGAUUCGCUCCAGGAGUGACAUUAGAUGAGAAGACAGUGAGAGAUGAAACCAUCAGAAAAUUAAUUGCAAAAGAAAUGGCAAGACUCCACAUUGUGCAGCCUAAGCACAUAUCCAGCAAAAAAUGUGCUCUGUUUGACAAAUUGAAAGAAUGGUUAAAAUUAAUUCCAGAAAGCUUUUCUAAUCGUGAAAUGAAUGAAAAAUUUAAGAAAAAGAUUCCACCAAAAGAAAAUCUAGAAGCAGAACUAUUAGAACUAGAACAGUGCAUAGAAAGCCUUGGGUACCCAACUGUGUUCUCUCAUAAUGAUCUCUUGCUCAAAAACAUCAUCUACAACAAAGAAGAAGGAAAAGUAACCUUUAUUGACCAAGAAUAUGGAAUGUACAACUAUCAGCCUUUUGAUAUUGGCAAUCACUUCUGUGAAUAUGCAGGAAUUGGAGAGGUAACUGAUUACUCCUUGUAUCCAGACAAAGAAUAUCAGUUGUCUUGGAUACGUGAGUAUUUGGAGCAGUGGUCUAGACUGACCAGUGGCCCCAAGGUGACCGAUACAGAUGUCAGGAAAAUGUACUGUGGUGUUAACAAAUGUGCAUUGGCAGCUCACUUCUUCUGGGGAGUAUGGGGGAUCAUUCAGGCCAAAUUCUCCGCCAUUGAUUUUGAUUAUUUAGAGUAUGCUGUCGUUCGAUUUAAUGAGUAUUUUGCAAGAAAGAAUGAGUUUCUUGCCCUUCAAUGAAAAAUAUUUCAUAUGGAUGUUGCAAUGACCACCAUACAUGUAUUUAUAUACCAUUUAAGUUCCUGUCUUUCAAGCUUUGUCUAAUUGUGAAACUUAAGUGCCUUUUAUUUUCCAGAAUUGGAAUUGUAUUUUUUUUUUUUAAAUAUUUAUUGUAGCAAUUUUAUAAUUAUGAUAAUGACACAGAUUAUUUUGUACCAUAAAGAACUGCAGUUAAACUUUAUUAUCUCAAAGUCCAUUGGAUUAAAAAAAACUUUUGGUGAUAUUUGAGGAAUUGAGGUUAAAAUAUAUAAACAUAAAGGAAAGGUGAUUGGAACUUCCAACUCUCUUUGACAUAUCCAUGGUAUUCCAGACAUCCAUGUUUGAGAUACCAGCUAGAGCACAAUUACAUGUUCAUGUAUAAUCAUAUGCAAAAAUGGCAAAUUAUCAAACUUUAGUAGAAAAUCCAUAAAUUUUCUCUAAAACACAUCCAUAUCUAUAAAACUUUUCAAUUUAUUAAAAUUUUGUAUCAAGUAUUAUGACAUUUAUAGUUAGAUAUGAUGUCAAGAAAAUGAGGGAAUUAAUUUACAGAUAUUUAAAAGAAAAAUUUGGAAAUUCCUUUAAA